AUGACUUAUUCCGACAUCUUUUACGAACCUCCGAAGGGCGAAACAUCCGGCCUACCGCAUGACCCUUUCAAGAGCUUCGUCAUCCCCCGUCCAAUUGGAUGGAUCAGCACAACCAGCAAGGAUGGCCAAGACAACUUAGGGCCUUACAGCCAGUUCACUAAUGUUUCAUUCGACCCACCUACCAUCUUGUUUGUUGGCCAUCAGUCUGUAUACAAAGGCCGGAGCAAGGACUCUGUGGUUAAUGCGCAAGAGACAGGGGAGUUUGUGUGGAAUAUGCCAACAUAUGCCCUCCGUGAAAAUGUCAAUCAAUCGGCGCUCGAAUCUUGGGGAGAUGAAUUCCCCAUCUCCGGCGUAACUAAAGCUCCUAGCCGCUUGGUCAAACCUCCUCGAGUAGCGGAAUCACCUGUGAGCUUUGAGUGUAAAGUCCACUCUGUUGUCCGAAUUCAGGGCGACUCCCUUGUUGGUCAUUCGGAUAUUGUCAUUGGUCGAGUGGUGGGUAUUCAUAUUAAGGGCGAGUAUAUCACGCCUGAUGGGCUUUUUGAUGUGUUAAAAGCCGCCCCUCUGGCUCGGCUGGGGUAUCACCAGUAUACUGCCAUCGACAAUGUGUUUGAAAUGAAGAUCCCCCUUAUGCCGGAUGAUUUUGUUAGUGGACGCGUGCUUUCAGGGUCUUCUGACAAACAGAAGCCCAAGAAAGUUACACCGGGGGAUGAAAGUUCUGAAAUCAAAAACUGA